AUGUUGGGCAUACAGAGAAAGUUUGGUCGAUUGACCACUAAGAGAACAGCAGAUGACAGCCAGGUGGCGGUUCUUAUGAAAGAUUUUGAAGAUGCGGAUAUGCUUUUGACCAAGAUCAUCGAGCAUACCAAAUCAUGGCUUGAUGCCUGGACAUCUAUUGCGACUUUUCAGAGUCGCAUGGCCGAUGAUUUCGAUGGCCUCUAUGCACCUAUUGCUGGCUCGUCGGAGACUCCCACUCAAAGACAAAACUACGAGACUCCACGCGCCAUUCUCGCGCGCACGAAUAGAUUGCGCCGCGACUAUGAUGAUUUGCGUACCGAUAUGAUCCAAGAGCUAGGUGAAGUUCAAGCACGUAUGAUUCAACCUGCUCAAGCGGCGAAGGACUUUCUCGCUCCAGUGAAGAAAACGAUCAAGAAACGUAAUGAUAAAAAGACCGACUUCGAACGCUACCAGAGCAAAGUUGAUGGUCUCAUCCAUAAACAGAAACGUUCCGACCGUGAUAAUGCCAAUCUAGCCAAAGCAGAAGCCGAACUGGCAUCUGCCAAAGAUUACUAUCGCGCUGCAGAUCACGAUCUUUGCCAGCGUCUUCCAACGCUAAUUUCCCUCCUCUUCUCUCUGGGACCAUACAUUCUGCGCGCCCAGAUUGAGAUCCAGAAUCGCCUGCUAGCGCAUUACUACACCGUGCUACAUGCUUACUGUGAGGAUGUGGGCUUUCCAUCUCCACCUCCACCAAUGGACCAAGUGAUCCGCGACUGUGAACUUGCCAGCCAGCCCGCAGAGACAGAAGUUGAGGCUCUCAGCAUGCUAGCCCACGGCAAAGCGCUACGUCAAUACAACGAAGCCCAGGAGAAGCAACAAGGAAGCAAGCGACCAUCCAUGGGUCGCCCAAGUAUGUCCAACCUUUCGAUCGCCUCCCGGGCUAGCGGCAGCACAAAUCGCGGCAGGUCACCAGCACCACCGCCAUCAAUGUUCAACAAACCCAAGCCCUGUGGCUUCGAGGCUUCCCGCUCAGUUUCCCCUUCAUCAUCAAUCAUGACACCUACACCCAGUAUAUCCGUGCUAUCAUCCAGCUCAGUAAGCACCGCUCCAACUGGGAGCGAUUACUUUACUCCACCGGUUCCCUCUGAGCCAUACCCGAUUUCAUCCUACAAGCGAUCUCCCAGUCCAAUGCCUAUGAAGCCACCAAAGCCAUCGGGUAUCCAGUUCGCUCCAGCUGGUCCUAAGAUAGAUCAUCACCAGGCAUUUGUCUCUGGAAAUCCCGCAGCGCUGGAUCCACUAGCCAGUCUGGCUGGGAAGAAGAAGCGACCUCCACCCCCACCACCUGCUAAACCCGCUAAGCCUCCUCGUCCCGUCACUACAUUCGUGACGGCGAUGUAUGAUUUUGGUGGACAUGGACCUGAUGAUCUUUCUUUCCGAGAGGGAGAUCGUAUUAAGCUGGUGAGGAAGACGGGGAGUACGGAUGACUGGUGGGAGGGUGAAUUAGCUGGUGUGCAGGGAUUUUUCCCUGCAAAUUAUGUGGAGCUGUGA